GGCGAGGGCCUGGGAGAAGUGCUUCACGGCGCGGCUCAGAAGCCGGGUUUCCCGCCGCGCGCUGUGCAUUGGCGCACGCGGUGCCGCCCGGCUCGGACGCACGCUGCUCCGUAGCCUCGACGCGCUGUGGCGUCGGUGGAUCUGAAGUGUUGAGGGGCAGCGCUGUCUGUUGCUGCUGCUGUUUGCCCGUAUGCGAUGGAGUGAAAGUGGCGAUGUGCGCUUAAAUGUGAAAGGCAAAGAGAAACCGGCCCCCAUCUCUUUGACUGGCGCCCCUGGCAGUGAACGUUGAACGGUUCCUCUCAUCGAACAUUGCGCGCUCCGGCUGUUUGAGCUGGGAUUUAGCAAGCUUGGCUCUGCUUCACUGUUCAAACUGUCUGCUCCACGUUUGGAAACUCCACUCACUUGAACGCCCGCACCAGUUGAACAUGGCUUGGGCUGCUUUGAAGCAGACGGAUUUUCUUCUGACAAGUGUUCGGACUACUUGCUGCUAAGUUUCCGACUUACAGUCUGACCAACACCAUCCGCCUGCUGACCAUCUCUCUCUGUGCUAUUGGCUGCAGAAAUUACAGAUGACUGGAAACAAGUGGUUUUACGUCGAAGCUCCCUGCCUCGCUUGUGGAGAUGUAUAAAGGCUGCAAUCUCGCUGAUGCACCGGCAGUAAUCACUUGAAGCACCCAAGCCAACUUGACUGCAAGGACAUGAAACCAUUGGCGCUGGGAGCGAGGCAAGCCCUGUUGACCGCGGUGAUCGGCGCCAUCCUGAUUGUGGCGACGCCAGCUGCGCCAGGCUCCGGAGGCUCCGCAGCAAACAACGUCGAACCGCCAGAAAAGGUGGUGAAUCCCGGCGAGAGUCUGAGUAUCCCAUGCUUCCUGGAGACACCUGGUGGCAGCGUGCAGUGGAUGCGCAAUGGCCAUCCCGUUGUGCUGGACGUGGGCUCGAGCGGCGCCGGCGGCGUUAGCCGUCGCCAGUGGAACAUCUCGCGGGACGGCACCGCCGCGCUCACCAUCACGCAGGUGACGCGAGCCGACGACGGCCUGUGGGAGUGCCGAGAGUUUGCCGACGACGACUCCGUCAGGAGGGUGACCAAGGUGCUCAAGCUGGUCGUCACAGGCGCCCCUGAGGAACCGUUCCUGACGCUGGGAGGCGAGCGCCUACGCGAGGGCUCCCGCGUCACCGUCCAGGAGCGCGAGGAGGUGGAAGUGGGUUGCGUGGCGCGCCGCGCCGUGCCCGCCGUCCGACACAUGCACUGGAUGCUGGGAGAGACAAACAUGACCGGGGCCAGCCAGCUGUUCGUUGAGUUCUCUCCCCAGGAGGACUCCUACACCACGCGCAGUGUGCUCAGCCUCAACGCUUCGCGCGACCUGCAUGGCCUGCAGCUUUCCUGCCACGUGUACCACGUGUCGUGGCCAACCUCCACGGCCGUCGCCGCCUCACUAGACGUCCUGUAUGUGCCGUCCUUCUCGAUCUCCCGGGAGCCAGGCUUCGGGUUCCCAAUCCUGGAGAAGAUGCCAGUGUCGCUUCAUUGCGCGGUGGACGCCAACCCACCGUGCGCACCACGAUGGUUAAAGGACGACGGACCACCUCCGGUACCUCAGAGCCCCGACGGAUACCUCAACUUCUCAGCUAUCGAGCGGCAACAUGCCGGCUGGUACCGCUGCGCUGCUGUUCACCGUCUAGGGACGUUCGCCUCAUUCGGAUACUUCCUCAACGUGCGAUACGGCCCCGAGAUCGUCGACCAGCCACCGUCGAAGGUGGCCGCCGAUUUUGGCGAGCCCGUGCAGCUCGACUGCAAGGCUGACGGCAAGCCGCCGCCGUCCUAUUGCUGGACACGUGUGCGCUCGGGACGCCUCGAGAGCAUGGCUUCCGAGAGCUCCCUUCUCCUCGACCCGGUGUUGUACUCGGACGCCGGCAGCUACCAGUGCACGGCCACAAACCACUUGGGCUGGAAGGAGGAACGUGCCCGGACAAGGGACAUCCUGCUCACCAUCUCAGGGCGGCCUGACGUCAAAGCACUGAACAAAACCCUGAUGGCAAUCGUGGGCAAGCCAGUCAGGAUCUCCGUUCUGGUUUGUGCCAACCCACCACCUACACGAGCUUACUGGAUUGUGAGGCGCCUGCUACUCAGUCCCGGAGAAGCGGCCCUCGCCCAAUACGUUGCCCAUAACUACAGUAGUGCCGACACACCAUUUUGCAGAACCACAUCCCUGGAGAUUAGGUCUGUUCACCCUGAAGAUGCCGGUGAAAUAUUGUUUGUUGCCAGAAACUCCAAGGGCAUUGACGAUGCCACUAUCAUCCUCAACGUCACACAUCAGGCUAGCUUCUCUUUCACGGAGAACAACUCCUUCGCAGAGAAACUGGAAGCUAACUGGAUGUUGCCAACGUGGAUGGGCAUAGCUGUUGCCUUCUCCGACAGACUAAGACGUGGCGCAAGCUGACACACAUCUUAGAAAUAUUUAGACCACGUGUGAGCACAUGAACGUCCCAUAGGCACCACAUGAGGUGUAUGUGUACCUGCCACGAAGACACUGUGUAACAGCUGUGCAGAGAAAAGCAACGCCAGGCCUUCUUCAGCCAAGCGGGUCCCACAAGCGAGCACGUCGCCAACUUACAAGGGCUGAGCGUCCAGACACUGGCAGCACAAUACCACAGACAAAGUCAAUGUUUCUAUAAGCAUCGUGCCGAGGAGGGAUAAAAUUGUGAUACUCCUCCACACUAUAUUGUACAUGAUGAAAAUGUUGUGGCUUUUGUGUUGAAAAUGUUUAUUACACAUGUAAAGAAAAUGUUGAAAAAUAAAGUAGAAGUGAUAUUCACAA